CCUGCUGUGGGGCGGCCCUGCUGGUUCAGUGGGAGGAGGAGAGUCAGUCAGUCAGGAGGAGGACGGGAGUCCCAGCGGCAGUUCGGGAGAGCCAAGACGGGGGGAAAAGUGCGUCCAAACCGGGAGAAGUCACACGGAGGUAUCCGCCAUGAGUUGGGGAACGGAGCUCUGGGACCAGUUUGAGAAUCUGGACAAACACACCCAGUGGGGGAUUGACUUCCUUGAGCGCUAUGCAAAGUUUGUUAAGGAGAGGCUGGACAUAGAGCAGAACUAUGCCAAGCAGCUACGGAAUCUGGUGAAGAAAUAUUGUCCAAAACGUUCAAAAGAUGAAGAGCCAAGGUUCACAUCGUGUCUGUCGUUCUACUCCAUUCUGGGCGAGCUGAACGACUACGCCGGCCAGAGGGAGGUGGUGGCGGAGGAAAUGUCCCACAAGGUUUACAACGAGCUGAUGAGGUACAGCCAGGAGCUGAAGGCCGAGCGGAAACACCACCUACAGGAAGGAAGGAAGGCUCAGCAGUUUUUGGAUCACUGCUGGAAACAGAUGGACAAUAGUAAAAAGAAGUUUGAGAGGGAGUGCAGAGAAGCAGAGAAAGCGCAGAGUACCUAUGACCGGCUAGAUAACGACAUCAACGCCACCAAGUCAGAGGUGGAGAAGGCUAAAGCGCAGCUCUACAUGCGGACCCACAUGGCGGACGAGAGUAAAAACGAAUAUGCUGCUCAGCUGCAGAACUUCAACGGAGAGCAGUGGAAACAUUUUAAUAACUCCAUACCACAAAUCUUUAAGAAUCUCCAAGGCAUGGACGAACGGCGAACGGUAAAACUCGGUGAAACGUAUCGAAGCUUCGCGGAGGCCGAGCGGAGAGUCAUUCCCAUCAUCACCAAAUGUCUGGAUGGGAUGGUUUCUGCUGCCAAAGCCGUCGACGAGCGGCGGGACUCGACUAUCGUGGUGGAGUCGUUUAAAUCCGGCUUCGAGCCACCGGGAGACUUUCCAUUUGAGGACUUCAGUCAGAACUUGAGCAGGACGGGUUCGGACGGGACCAUCAGCAACACGCCGAAAGGCGAGAGAGAGCUGGCUCCGGUGCCGCGCUCCGAAGCUAAACACACGAUAAGCAAAGGCAAGAAUAAACUCUGGCUGUUUGGGAAGAAACCAAAGUGGUCGGCCAAGAUGGUUCCGUCUCUGGAGGAUUUCAGCCAUUUGCCUCCUGAGCAGAGGAGGAAGCGGCUGCAGCAGAAGAUCGACGAACUGAACCGGGAGCUGCAAAAGGAAACGGAUCAGAGGGACGCCUUGAACAAGAUGAAGGACGUGUACGAGAAGAACCCGCAGAUGGGCGACCCCAACAGCCUGCAGCCCAAAAUCUCUGAGACCAACUGCAACAUCCAGAAGCUGCGCUCAGAAAUCCACAAAAACGAGACGUGGCUGUCGGAGGUGGAGGGGAAGCAGAGCUCCAGAGGAGACCGACGGCACAGCGCAGACAACCACCACCACACGCCUCACGGCAGGGAGAGCCCUGAGGGCAGCUACAAUGACGACACCAACCAGGAGCAUCAGACGCCGCAUCGCACGCCGCAGCACCGCCCCGCGCAGCCGGCCCAACCCAACCACGACCCGCACGAGUUCGACGACGAGUUCGACGACGACGACCCGCUGCCCGUCAUCGGACACUGCAAGGCGCUCUACUCCUUCGACGGGCGGAAUGAGGGGACUCUGACGAUGGCGGAGGAUGAUCUCCACAUCGACACAAAUCCACCCUCGAUUCUCUGUGAAAAUGUAUUCGCAGCUAAAUAUAAACGCAGCUAG